AUGUCAUCAACAAAUUUUCCAUCAUCUAAAAACAUUAAAAAUUUUUUUCUUUAUCAAAUUACAAUCAACCAAAGAUACCAGAUGUUAUCCUCUUUAGGGUAUCUCUUCAAGAAUUCGACAUGGAUUCAACACAAUUACAGGGAGAACAUGUGAAUUGAAAACAAGAAGGAGAAUCCUUUUAUUCUGUGUGGGACAUUUAAAAAAAUAACC